AUGCCUCCGUCUCAAGCUGCGGUUGAGGCACGACGUGCUCAACGCGCGGUGAAGAAAGCGAAGCGAGAGGGCGAUGGUGAUGCUUUGAGAUUGAAGGGAAAUGACCUUUUCAAGGCCGGAGACUAUGUUGACGCAGCAAAAUGCUAUGUGAGAGCAAUUUACAUUCAAGGACCAAGACCGGUCCUCAUGUCCAACCUGGCUGCAGUCUAUCUCAAACUUGAGGAGGACGACGCUGCUGAAUGGGCUGCUACAACAGCGCUCGAGUAUGACCCAAAAAUGAUCAAGGCACGUUUUCGCAGAGGAAUGGCACGGAAGGGUGUCAUGAAAUGUGAAGCAGCAGAAAAAGAUUUCGACACAAUCAUUCGUCAUGAUCCUAACUGUCGAGAAGCUCACGAAGAACUCAAGCUUAUGCGGUCUUUCCUAGCAUCUGGAGACCGUUUCAAUUACGGCAGCGACGAAGAUGAUACACACCCUUUGUAUGACGAUGAGCCCUGGCCAGACUGUUCUGAUUCAGAUAGUCCCGACUGUGCGCGUACUGGAAGUGGAAAAGGGUUUUCUUGUCGGUUUUACAAUCACGACGGCUGUGGGAGGGGAAAUUCUUGCCGUUUCUCGCAUGCACCGGAUAACAGGAGUGUUCGAGACGAGCUUGGGAGAAACGUCUGUGCUAAUUUCCUCAUGGGAAAUUGCAAGUUCGGUGACAAAUGUGUCUACUCCCAUGACAAGACAUACCUUCCUGCACAGGGGUGGUGGAAUUACCCCGACCAGGUCCGAGCUGCCCAGAAAGUCAAAGAAAUUGUCCAGAUGGAAGAGACAUUCGACGAGGUCAACAAGGCUCUGAGGGAUAAUCCACGGGCGCGUAAAUGUGGAGCUCGUCGACACCGCAAAGAAAUCCUCUCUCUCCUCGAAUUCCAUCAGCUUGGUGUUCUUGCCACUGCUGAAGAGGCAAAACGAAAACGAGCUUCCUCCGGCCGCUUCGUGCUGCUGCUAUCUUUGGAAGAAGAAUUCUUUGCUAAUAUUCAUACCCAUCUACUGAACGCGCUCAAGCAGAAAAUUCGAUGCGUUCAAGCAACUACCACCCAACAGGCCACGCAAUAUCUGGAGUCUCCUGGGCUUGCCGCUGUCUUUGCCACUGAUGCAGCACUUUCGAAGCGGAAGAACUCCGCCCUCCUCGGCAAAAUUGUCCAAUACGUCAGAGACGGUGGCACAUUUGUCGCAGGAGGUUCAUUCAGUAGCUUUGUCCGUCCGCCCGAUUUCCCUGUCUUUACGAAGGCCUUUGGACUCGAUUGGACGUACGGCUCCUACCACCGAACUACUUUUGCCUUGAACCCUGCCAACGAGAUCGUCAAGCGAAACCCGUCGCUGGUACCUACGUACAGCAUGAAGGCACUCCAUGCCGGCAACAUCCUGGGCCAGCAUGCUUUGUAUGGUCCAACGGACGAGUCGCGUAUCCAAUCAAUGGUCUUUGCUCCUACAAGGAUUACAGAUCACUCAGAAGCGCCUGCGGUGUGUGCACGUGUUGAGCGUGGCCUUUUCAGCUUCCUGGGCGAUGCCAAUGGAGAGAACGGAUCUACGAAUACCAUCCUGGCUAUGCUUGGCCUUCUCGACAACCCGAAUCCACCUCUUCCCGACCCAAAGCAACCCUCGGGUUCGACAUCGAGGAAUUCCAACCCGCGUCCGUCAUCCCAAGGUUCCAAUGGUCAUACAUCGGAUACAAAAGCUGGCCCGUCAAAGCAAGAGCAGAAGCAAAAAGAACAACCCAAGAAGGACCCUACCCCAGAGCCCCAACAGAAGCAGAACCAAUCGGCAGCCUCCGCCGCGAAUGGGGCAGGCGCGAACUUCAUCAAAUUGGACAAGUGCAUCGUCGUUCUUGCCCUUCAGGAUGCUACCAUGCUCGAGCGGACGAAUGCAGACCAGUUGUUUGCCCUCCGCGAACGCGUUGCAGAAGUGAAGAUCCCGAAGACUACCGAACAAGCACUGACUUCUCUUGCCUCAAGCAACCUCGGCGGGGUUUUCAUUGCCGACAAAGGUAUCGCAAGCGCGUCGAACAAGCUCGUUCUGACCAAGGUCGUCGGCUGGGUCAAAAAUGGAGGGCAAGCCGCCAUUGGUGGUCUCUUCCCGAAGACGACCACACCAGAGCAGGCGGAGGAUGUCUUCGCUGCGUUCGGAUUGGGAAAGUGGAAAACAGGAAGCAACUGUCGUGCAGAGGCUGAACUCAACCGACACCAUGAAACUGCUGUGAAGAACGAAGAGACCCUUGUUGAAUCAUUUGAUAUGACCGCUGUUCAUGUCACCGGAUUCCUUCCGUCGGACAUGCUGUAUGAGCAAUACUUCCAGGAGUAUGAAUAUGAUUCGGACUUCGAACCACCCGGUGGCGAAGCUUGGGAAGCUCCUGUCCUCCAGACACACGUUGGGAACGGACAGCUGGGUUACAUUGGCGACGUCAACGCAGAACCUGAAAGCACGAAGGUCUUACUGGCGAUGUUCGACUUGUUGGCCCUUCCCAAGGCCCUAAUGCCAGACUCGCAAAAGUUCAUCAUCGUCCUCUCCUGGUCCAGCAAGCCUGCUAUCGAGACAUUUGACAAAGACUUCAUGGCAGAUGCUAAAUCAAAAGUGGAAAUCCUCUUCGGCCUCUCGAACGCUCGUGUGGCCGAGCUCCUCAAGUCACCCGACCUCGCUGGAGUUCUCCUUACAGACGCUGAUAUCAUGGCCCCAUCCAACGCGUACCUGCUCUCAAAGCUCGUCGAAUACUCGAAGAACGGUGGCACCCUUGUCUUUGCACGUUUCUUUUCCCACCGCGCCUCGAUGACGCAGUUCCGCCCGUUCUUCCAAAAGAACUGGGGCCUCGAGUGGGACCUAUGUCCCGGUCGAGAUGACGCUGUCGUAGCGAAGAAUCUCAAGAACGACCUCAUUCGGACCGACAAGGACUCCAAGCUGUCUAAUUCGUUCCGGCUUGAAGGGACGUAUGUUGAUGGAAUCACACAGGAAAUGGCCGUUUAUUCCGUGCAGAAUCGCCCGGAUUUGUGGAAGCCCAAGGAAGAGGUUGUCAAGUCUGCUGUUGUGUAUGCGCCGGUGGAGCAAGGCCAUCUUGGAUACAUCGGCGUGAACAGCCUAGAUGGGGACUUCCGGAUUAUUUUCUACGCAAUGCUUGGUUUGCUUUGA